AUGGAGAGUGAAAAAUUAAAAAAGUCAGCAUUGUGCUUGCAAUUUCUUGCAACUUUAAUAAUUUCAAAUCUUGUAUGUCUUAUUGGAUUCAUAUAUGCUUGGCCAUCUUACACAUAUGCAAUUCUUAAGUCAAAUGAGACUGUUUUGGAGGCGCCCAUGACUACUGGUGAAUUGUCUGCAGUGGGUAGUUUGACAAAUAUUGGAGCGUUUUUGGCGACACCUUUCUGUGGCUAUGCUCUCGAUAAGCUCGGAAGGAAAUACGCAGCUAUGUUGUUCGGCUUGCCUUUCGUGAUCGCAUGGGGAAUCAUCGCAGUGACCAAGUCUGUAUACUUAGUUAUUUUUGCUGUUGGGAUAGCUGGUCUCGGUGCUGGUGGACAAGUGGUAACCACUGUGUACAUCGCGGAAAUAUGUCACGAUUCUAUCAGAGGUGGCCUGAUAUCGAGCAUUAUAUAUGUAUUCUUCAUAGGACUCUUAAUUUCUUACUCCUUAGGCGGCUACCUCUCUUAUCAUCACGUAGUGUACGUGCAUUUAGCACAAUCGAUUCUGUACAUAGUACUUCUUGCAUUCUUAAAGGAGUCACCAGUUUUCCUAAUGAAACGUGGCAAAGAAGAGGAAGCAGCAGAAGCAAUUUCUUUCUAUCACAGAAUUGAGAUUAAUUCUAAAGAAAUGCAAGUUGAGAUUAGAAAAUUAAAGCUUCAAUUGGAUCCAAAAAUCAUUAAGAUGUUGGAAUCGGGCGGUGAAGAUGCAUCAGCUGAAAAAUUGUUAGAAAAGUCUCCAAGCACCACCGAGAAAGAGGAAGAACAUGUUUUGGAUGUCCUUGUGGAUAUUCCCAACGUGCCUCGGAGAGCACAUAGAGCUCUCAGUCCCGAACGUUCCGAAUCAUCAAGGAAAGCACUAACAACAGUGCUCAUUCUGAUGUCAUUAUCAAUUAUGAUGGGAUCCGUUGCACUUCAAGUUUAUGCUGAACCUUUAUUUAAAGAAGCCGUCCCCACUAUGGAUUCAAAUACAUGUUCGAUUGUAUUAGCUCUGGUUUACUUGAUCGCAUGUGUAAUUGGCGCUAUCUUGGUGGACAAGUUAGGUAGAAAGUCACUAAUGACAGUAACAUGUGCCAUAUGUGGUGUACUGACAGCCCUGUUGGGCUCUCAACUGCAUUUACAUUAUGCACCUCACUGGUUCACCGCAUUUCUAAUGUAUGGAUUUAGCUUUGCGUACAAUGUAGGCGGCGGGAUCGUACCGUAUGUGGUCACUGCUGAAGUAUUCUUACCUGAGGUCCGAGGACUUGGAAACAGUUGCGUAAUGAGUUUUACGUGGUUAUCGAACUUCGUCGUACUCAUCAUCUUCACACCCCUGGUUGAGGCCAUCGGACUCGGAAUGUCCUUCUACUUCUUUUCCGUGAUAUGUUUCUUAACAGCUGUCUAUAGUCACUUCUAUUUGCCGGAAACUAAGGGUCUAUCGGUUGAUGUGAUCCAGAAGCUGUUUCUGAAAGAAAAGAGGACGAACUAAACUAAAGUAAUAGGCUAAUUUGAUUAGGGUGAAUUUAAAGAAAUUUUUUU